AUGUGGGCCAGUCUCAUCAGAUUUGGGACAAUCGCGACAUUAGCUGCUGCCCUUUCGGCGUCGCACGAGAUUCACUUGCCUUAUAUGCGUGAACAAAAACCGGCACAUGAAGCCUUGUACUAUGUGCCAAUAGUGUGGUCAGUACAUGAUGACGACCUACUUGCGAAUGGUGACCGAGUUUUUCCACCGACCUCCGCGAUGACAAUCGAUGCAGAGUUGUGUGCGUACUCAAAAGGGUGUAUUGGAGCUCACGUGAGCCUCAAGUACUCAUUGGAAGCCAGCAUGAUGUUGCAUUCCAAAGGUCGCACAGAUGACGCUCCCACCAAGGAAGGGGUGAGAGUUUUGGUGGGGUUGACAGACAGCACGGGUGAGCCUAUCACGCCAAGUUUCAUCGCCAUUGAAGUAACCGGAUACCAUGGAGGUGCUACGCAUAUCACUGCAAUUCGACUGAUUCCAUCUGAUACGAUAUCUAAGGACUUCAUGAAAUCCGUGAAAACUUCAAGUAUGAGAGGCGGUCAAUUGAGGACCCAUCUCCCAAAUCAGCAUCCCAACCAAAGAAUCAACCAAUGGACUAUACCGCGAAAGCGACGAAGGUCUUCGGCAUCGCUGAAUUCUCUUCCAAGAGACUUUGAAGAUUCAUACUAG